AUGAAGACUUGUUCGAUCUGUGGAUACGCGUUGAGAGAUGAAGAAGGAAGGCAUACGUCCAGAUCGAAGACCUCGAACAUGAUUCUAUUGAUGUCACUUUCAUUGGCCGGUCAGAAGGACAGUGAAAGUGCACGCCUUUUGGCGGAGUCCAUCACAAAACCCAACCGAAAAGUUUGUCAUACUCACGUAAUUCGUGCGGCCCAAUAUCUGUUGGCUGAAAUGGCGAUGAAGGGGAAGAGAAUAUCACGUUUUGAAGAUCCCAGCGCUGGAGGGCGCACAGCAUUUGUAACGAACGCGGACGUUUCAAGUGAUCUGCUGGAUAUACUAAAUAUCAUGGCACAAGGUAGCGUGCAUAUCACAGGCCUUGAUGUUAGCAAAUUUCUUAACGACGCUUUGGCGCGCUACUAUUCAACAUCCAUGUGGCCAGUGACCGAAGAGGUGAACGUGGUCAGUCAUGAUGUUGCUGAAGAUGCAGCGAAAGCACCCAUCAUUGGAGAAGUGGAUGGUGAAGGAAGUGAUUUGAAGAGUGCAAAAGAGGCAGAGCGGUCCCUUGACACAUCUGAAGAUGAGUCGAAGUGCUCUUCGACA